CUUGGAUUUGCGUUGCCACUAUUUUGAGUUUGCGCUCCCGAAAUUUAAGCAACUCAAUGCUGUCGAAAGUGGAAGAUGAAGACACUAGUUUUGAAAAACUUGAACUUGUUGGCGUGAUUGGAUUUAAUGGCAAAAUACCACAUUCAUUAAACGUCCAUCCCGACCGUCAACACUUUGUUUUUGCUCUCGGCUGUACAGUUGUUAUAGAAGAAAUUAACACACACAAACAAGAAUUCUUACAGGGGCACACAAACAAUAUCGUCUGUCUAGAUGUCAGCAAAAACGGUGCCUUAAUUGCCUCAGGUCAAAUGACAUACAUGGGGUAUAAGGCGUUAAUAAUAGUAUGGGAUUAUGAAAAGAAAGCAAAAUAUGCAGAAUUUACGUUGCAUAAAGUGAAAGUCCAGGAUUUAUCAUUCUCGCCAAAUUCAAUGUUUUUGGCUAGUCUUGGUGGACAGGACGACGGAAGUAUUGUUAUUUGGUCUUUGGAGAAAAAGGAUGCAAUAUGUGGUAGUCCAGCACAGCAUCAAAGUGCUGGAAUAACAUUAGCAACGGCUUAUGCAAAUCGUGACGACUACAAAUGCGUUACUGCAGGGGAGAACACAAUCCGAAUUUGGAAGUUAGAUCUUGAGAACAGAAAAAUACGACCAACUGAUUGCUCACUUGGCCAAAUAAAACGGACAGUGUUAUGUGUAAAGGUUCAUCCUGACGAUAACUUAUUUUUCUGUGGAACUACUACCGGAGACAUACUGGGAAUUAACAUGCAUACGGCUUUACUUCAACUUGUUUAUCCUGAAAAAAGCAAAUACAGUCUCGGGAUCACUACCAUAACUAUGAUGCCUAAUUCCGCCAUUUUAUUAGGCGCUGGAGAUGGAUCCGUUCAAGAAUAUCAAAUGGGCUACACUCAAAAGGAUAAACGAUGUUUUCUGAGUUUAACUAAAAAUAAACCAGAGAAAAAACUUAAAGGUAAAGUGACGUCGAUCAGCCUAAGAGGAGAUGGACAUCAGUUUUAUGUGGCUACCGACAUGUGCCACUUGUAUCGUUUUGACCACGCUGACUUUAACUACGAACUAAUCAACACAUGCCAUUAUGCCGCAGUGAAUGAUAUCAAAUUUCCAAGGUAAUU